GCUGGGUAUCACGUGAUGUGACAGGUAGCAGUGAUGGCGGCUCAAGGCUGAGGAAGAGCAAAGAAAAAAAAACAAACAAACAAAAACAAAAAACCAAACAAACAGACACCAAAAACGCAGCAAGCGCCAACCCAGGAAAAAAAGUUAGUUGGCUUCUCCUGUCACCUGCUUUCUCGAAGGAGCCUGGCCAAAAUGACGGCCUGAGACAAGUUCUGGACCGAGAACCCAGCAAUGCAGCAGCAGCAGCAGCACCGCCACCAACAGCUAAAGGCAGAGAAUAGUAAAACCAAGAGUAUGUUUCUGUCUCGGGCGCUGGAGAAGAUCCUUUCCGAUCGGGAGGUGAAGAGGAGUCAGCACAGUCAGCUGCGCAAAGCCUGUCAGGUGGCGUUGGAUGAAAUCAAGGCAGAACUCGAGAAACAAAAGGAUGGCACAGUGGUCCCACCCAGAGUCAACUACAUCGAGGCUGACCAAUACGUGCUGCCAUUUGAGUUGGCCUGUCAAUCAAAGUCCCCCCGCAUAGUUAGCACUUCAUUGGACUGUCUGCAGAAACUAAUAGCGUACGGCCACAUCACGGGAAAUGCUCCAGAUAGCAGAACCUCUGGCAAGAGGCUGAUUGACCGCUUAGUAGAGACGAUCUGCAACUGCUUCCAAGGCCCGCAGACCGACGAAGGAGUCCAGCUACAGAUCAUCAAGGCCCUUCUGACAGCCGUGACCUCCCCGCACAUCGAGAUCCAUGAAGGCACAAUUCUCCUCACUGUCAGGACCUGCUACAACAUCUACCUGGCCAGCCGCAACCUCAUCAACCAGACCACCGCUAAGGCCACGCUCACUCAGAUGCUCAACGUCAUCUUCACGCGCAUGGAGAACCAAGCCGCUUUGGAGGCACAGGAACAAGAGAAGGACCGGCUUCGUCUGCCUCAAAACAACCCCUCUCCAGUCCCUUGUUCCCGAAGGUCAGGCUCCCCUCAGUCUGAACAGACGCCGACGCUGCACCCGCAAAGCUCCCCAUCACCGGCAGCCAAUACUCCCGAUCUCAACGCUAUCAACUCGACGCCACCGCCUGAGCUGGACCUUGACACGUCGACAGUGAAUGAAGAUUCAGACUGCAGUAAUGUUCCAGAAAAUGGAGCAGAAGAGGUCACACCAUGUGGAAACUCAGUUUUUGAGGAUGAAGGCACUGAAGCACCUCCAGGAGAAGUUCAUGCAGUUGAAGAAGUUAAGUUGGAUCCUGCAGCACUGACUGAAGGAGAUGGAGAACAACAUCACAGCGACGACCCCGCUGCCCAACACGUAUCUGAGCAGACGCGAGUACCUCUCCCUCGAGCCGACGCCGAGCCAGUACAACUGAACGGCGUCAUUGAAGACCGCUCGUCUGUUUCUUCAGCGGACAUGUUGGAUGCUGAAGCCCUCCAUGGACCCCACAGCACCUCCCGUUUCUCUCAUAUCCUCCAGAAGGAUGCCUUCCUGGUGUUUCGUUCACUGUGCAAACUUUCAAUGAAGCCGCUUGCAGAAGGACCCCCAGAUCCAAAGUCACACGAGUUGCGAUCCAAGAUCGUGUCGCUGCAGCUGCUGCUCUCCGUGCUGCAGGGCGCAGGACCUGUGUUCCGCACCCACGAGAUGUUUGUCAACGCCAUAAAGCAGUAUCUGUGUGUGGCACUGUCAAAAAAUGGCGUCUCCUCCGUGCCUGAGGUGUUCGAGCUCUCGCUGGCCAUCUUCCUCACAUUGCUCUCGCACUUCAAGGUCCACCUGAAGAUGCAGAUUGAGGUGUUUUUUCGGGAGAUUUUUCUCACCAUCUUGGAGACGUCGACUAGCUCCUUUGAGCACAAGUGGAUGGUCAUCCAGACACUAACACGCAUUUGUGCAGAUGCCCAAUGUGUAGUCGACAUCUACGUAAACUACGACUGCGACCUCAAUGCCUCCAACAUCUUUGAGCGGCUUGUCAAUGACCUGUCCAAAAUAGCGAUGGGAAGGAGUGGUCAAGAGCUGGGCAUGUCUCCUCUGCAGGAGCUCAGCCUACGUAAGAAGGGCCUUGAGUGCCUGGUGUCCAUCCUAAAAUGUAUGGUUGAGUGGAGUAAGGACAUGUACGUCAACCCCAACCUUCAAGCCAACCUCGGCCAGGAUCCUCCAUCUGAGAGUGAAAUGUCAGAGUUGAAGCUUCCGGAGCAGCCAGGAGGCCGGCGAGACAGUGUCAACUCCUUGGACUCGACGGUCUCGUCUGGUGUCCCGCUCUCUCAGCCGGACCACCCUGAGCAGUACGAAGUAAUCAAGCAGCAGAAGGACAUAAUCGAGCAUGGCAUUGAACUCUUUAACAAAAAGCCAAAACGGGGUAUUCAGUACUUACAGGACCAGGGCAUGUUGGGUUCCACAGCUGAAAACAUUGCACAGUUCCUUCACCAGGAGGAUAGAUUGGACACAACCCAGGUGGGUGAGUUCCUGGGUGAAAACAUAAAGUUGAACAAAGAGGUGAUGUACUCCUACGUUGACCAGCUGGACUUCUGCGGGCGGGACUUUGUCUCGGCACUCAGAGCCUUUUUGGAAGGAUUCAGACUGCCGGGGGAAGCCCAGAAGAUUGACAGGCUGAUGGAGAAAUUUGCUGCCCGUUACCUUGAGUGCAACCAGGGACAAACUUUGUUUGCCAGUGCAGAUACAGCUUAUGUGCUGGCCUAUUCCAUCAUCAUGCUCACCACAGACCUGCAUAGUCCUCAGGUGAAGAAUAAGAUGACAAAGGAGCAGUACAUCAAGAUGAACCGUGGAAUUAAUGACAGUAAGGAUCUGCCCGAAGAGUAUUUAUCCUCCAUAUAUGAUGAGAUUGCCGGCAAGAAGAUAGCUAUGAAGGAGAGCAAAGAGUUCUCAAUCACACCCAAGUCGACCAAGCAGAGCGUAGCUAGCGAGAAGCAGCGUCGCCUGUUGUACAACAUGGAGAUGGAGCAGAUGGCCAAGACUGCUAAAGCUCUGAUGGAGGCGGUCAGCCACGCUCAGGCCCCUUUCUUCAGCGCUACACACCUGGAGCACGUCCGCCCUAUGUUCAAGCUGGCGUGGACCCCUUUAUUGGCAGCAUUCAGUGUGGGCCUUCAGGACUGUGAUGACCCAGAUGUGGCCUCACUGUGUCUGGAGGGCAUUCGGUGUGCCAUUAGGAUUGCCUGCAUCUUCAGCAUGCAGCUGGAGCGGGACGCCUAUGUACAGGCCCUGGCCAGGUUCACCCUGCUGACAGCCAGCUCCAGCAUCACUGAGAUGAAGCAGAAAAACAUUGACACAAUCAAGACACUCAUCACUGUAGCACAUACAGAUGGAAACUACCUGGGCAACUCCUGGCAUGAGAUCCUGAGGUGUAUUAGUCAACUGGAACUAGCUCAAUUGAUUGGCACUGGGGUGAAGACGCGCUACAUAUCAGGGGUGGUUCGAGAGAAGGAAGCCGCCAUCAAGGGCUUACCCUCUGGCACAGAGGAAUUCAUGCCCCUUGGACUGGGUAACCUGGUGGGAAAUCAGGACAAGCGCCAGAUGGCUCACCUCCAAGAGUCAGUGGGAGAGACCAGCUCUCAGAGUGUUGUUGUAGCUGUGGACAGGAUCUUCACUGGUUCUACCAGACUGGAUGGAAAUGCGAUUGUGGACUUUGUGAGGUGGCUGUGUGCCGUUUCCAUGGACGAGCUGGCCUCAGCACAUCAACCCAGGAUGUUCAGUCUACAGAAGAUAGUGGAGAUCUCUUACUACAACAUGAACCGAAUCAGGCUGCAGUGGUCUCGAAUCUGGCAGGUCAUAGGGGACCACUUUAAUAAGGUUGGCUGUAACCCCAAUGAGGAUGUAGCCAUAUUUGCAGUGGACUCACUGAGGCAACUCUCCAUGAAAUUCUUGGAAAAAGGAGAGUUGGCAAAUUUCCGCUUUCAGAAAGACUUCCUUAGGCCUUUUGAGCACAUCAUGAAGAAAAACAGGUCUCCCACUAUCAGAGACAUGGUGAUCAGGUGUGUGGCACAGAUGGUCAACUCCCAAGCGGCCAACAUUCGUUCAGGCUGGAAGAACAUCUUCUCUGUAUUUCACCAGGCAGCAUCUGACCAUGACGAGUCCAUAGUAGAGCUUGCCUUUCAGACCAGUGGCCACAUUGUCGUGAAUACAUUCCGGGAGCACUUUGCUGCUGCAAUCGAUUCCUUCCAAGAUGCAGUGAAAUGCCUCUCCGAGUUUGUGUGCAAUGCAGCUUUUCCCGACACCAGCAUGGAGGCCAUCCGACUGAUUCGCCACUGCGCCAAAUACGUGUCAGAAAGGCCACAGGCGCUGAGGGAAUACACCAGUGAUGACAUGAAUGUAGCACCUGGAGAUCGAGUUUGGGUUCGGGGAUGGUUUCCCAUCCUGUUUGAGCUUUCAUGUAUCAUCAACCGCUGCAAGUUGGAUGUGCGUACCAGGGGUCUGACAGUCAUGUUUGAGAUCAUGAAGAGUUACGGGCACACCUUCGAGAAACACUGGUGGCACGACCUCUUCCGAAUCGUCUUCCGCAUUUUUGACAACAUGAAGCUCCCGGAGCAGCAGACAGAGAAAACUGAGUGGAUGACGACAACAUGCAACCAUGCGCUUUAUGCCAUCUGUGACGUCUUCACACAAUUUUACGAGCCUCUCAAUGAGAUCCUGCUGUCGGACAUCUUCACACAGCUCCAGUGGUGUGUCCGGCAAGACAAUGAGCAGCUGGCUCGCUCGGGAACCAACUGCCUGGAGAGCCUUGUUAUUCUCAAUGGGGAAAAGUUCAGCCCCGAAGUGUGGAACAUCACCUGCUCAUGCAUGAUGGAGAUCUUCCGGAACACCAGCCCCCAAGUCUUGUUGACGUGGCGACCUGCUGGACAGGAGGAGGACACUGCUGACAUGAAGCACUUGGAUGUAGACUUUGACAGCCAGUCCCAGAGCAGCUAUGAUCGAGCGCUUUCAGAGCGAGGACACAGCCAAAUGUCCAGUGACGACACCUGGAAGGGCAAGUCCAACGCGCGAGUUUCCGACCACAGGUUGUUCGCUGGUCUACUCAUCAAAUGUGUGGUCCAGUUGGAGCUAAUCCAAACCAUUGACAACAUCGUCUUCUACCCAUCGACCAGCAAGAAAGAGGACGCGGAGAACAUGGCUGCCGCCCAGCGAGAUGCUCUGGAAGAGGCGUCAGCUGACGGAGGUGGUCCGGUUUCCGAUCAGGGCAUGUACAGGCACAUGACCUCCGCUCACCUCUUCAAGCUGCUGGACUGUCUGCUGGAGUCGCACACUUUCGCCAAGGACUUCAACUCCAACAAUGAGCAAAGGACGACCCUCUGGAGGGCAGGCUUUAAAGGGAAAUCCAAGCCCAACUUGUUGAAGCAGGAAACCAGCAGCCUUGCCUGCAGCCUGAGGAUUCUCUUCAGGAUGUACUCGGAUCACCAGCUACGUGACUCGUGGCCUGACAUCCAAACACGUCUGCUCCUGGUGUGUAGUGAAGCUUUGGCCUAUUUUAUCAAUCUCACAUCUGAGAGUCACAGAGAGGCUUGGAACAAUCUGCUGUUGCUGCUCCUCACCCGGACGCUGAGGCUGCCUGAUGACAAGUUCAAGCUGCACGCCUCCUGCUACUUCUCCCACCUGUGCGAGAUGAUGCAGUUCGACCUGAUUCCCGAGCUGCGCGCUGUCCUGCGACGCUUCUUCCUGCGCAUCGGUGCAGUCUUCCACAUCGCCUCACCGGCGGCACUGGGGGGAGGUGCCCCCUGAAUGUACCCCCCCCCCCCCACCUCCCGCACGCAUUUCCCUGAACCAACCGUCCAUCCAACCCUUCCCUUCUUUUCCUUCAUUUCCCAGAGAAGAAGCACACUGUUACCAGCAGUCUGCUGACUCAUCAUUCAUCUGAAACUGGUCACGACAGCAUUAUACCAGCAGGUGUAACUGGGUUGACCGAACCUGACUAAAACUGCUCGGUUAAAGGCUCUGUCUUUUGGCCACCUGUGCCUCUUGGGAAAAGACUGUUUUGUGUGUGAGUCACCCCGCAGUGUUCCGCUUUGGCUUGUUUACAGCAGUGUUGCAGCUCAAGCGUUCUAACACAUUCCUUUUCUGUGUUGACCCGGUGACGGGACUUAACCAUUGCUUUGUAUCUCAGCCGCUGCGAUCGCGUCGACUGGACCCGAUAAUCCAGUUGCCUUUGUUCUUUUUGCACAUCUGUCGCUGUCAGGUUUUGUCCCAAAAUGCAGUGUUUCAAGACAAAAAAAAAAAAAAACGUUUGUAAUUAUUUAAAGUGCAUUUAAAUAUUUUUUGGGAGUCAAUCAUUCCCCCUGUAAUGAUAGAUGUCUGAAUUUCUUCCCUAAAAGUAGGGAAUCUAUAAAUAUAUAUAAAUAUAUACAGUAAAUGCAAAAAUGCAGACUGUCAUGUUUGCAGUGUAAGAUUCAAUGUAUGAUAUACGAUGGAAACAAAAAUGCGAUGAUGCUAAUAUCAUGUUGUGAUGUUUGUUACCUUUGAACGUUGAAAGAUUAUUAAUAAACUGGACUUCUGAUCAGUUGAACAGGAAUGGAAAGCAGUUCAUGACAACUGGUCACCUCAGGUGUCAUGUACAUUACAUUGUCACUUUUGGGUGGAAGAAUGUCAAAUAUUCGUUCACAAAUUAAUUCUUUUUGUCUGUCGCCACACCUGUUAUUUUUAGACAUUUUUAACCAAUUUAAAAUGUUGAAAACAGCUUACUAAAAAAAACUAGUGCUCUAAAACUGUCUCCUCCCUUACUCUGCGGUAGGCCUUGUGGCAUUACGUCGUUGUUUGAAGACAAUGAGUGCAAAUAGUUCGAAUAGCUGCGUGGGAAAAAUGUUACUGGUUUUGUUAAAAUACAGUCAUGCUGUAACGCAGGAAAAAAAAAAAAGGUCAGCCAAGUAGCUAAGUGCGCGCAGAUCUCAUUUCCGUCUAUAAAUUGAUCAUCAGGUGCCUCGUUUUAUUGAUAGCAUCACCUUUGAGAAAGCGUUUGGAAAGGUGAUAUAACCGCAGUCAAAAUCUUUUGUGACUUAUUGAAGGCUUUCUGUCUGGUCAAGUGAUCGGCCUGAGCGCUAACUAUAAUGCGGAUGACGUGUCCUACCAUUUUAAUGGAAGACUGCUUUUUUUUCUGAUUAAAUUAGUGGUUGAAUGUGAUUUUGUGCGGUGUUGAUGUUGGUACGCAACAGUAUACAUGUUAGCAUUAUACUAUCCAUCCAUCCAUUUUCUUAGCCACUUAUCCUCACAAGGGUCGCAGGGAGUGCUGGAGUCUAUCCCAGCUGUCAACAAGCAUGAGGCGGGGUACACCCUGAACUGUUCGCCAGCCAAUUGCUGGGCACAUAGAGACAAACAGCCGCACUCACAAAUGCACCUUGGGGCAACUUAGAGUGUCCAGUUAAUUUUGCAUGUUUUUGGGACAUAGAGACAAAGGUGCUGUCACAACUCCUCUGCAGUAUUAUUAGUUAUUCUUCACAGAGGAUAAAUAAUAUAUGCCUGUAUUGUUGAAGUAUGUGUUAAUGAAAGGCUUAUAAUCAGCUUCAGCUUUUAUGGCCAAGUGUGUAGAACACACAAGGAGUUUUUCUCCAGCAGUCGGUGCUGCCCUGGUACGACACACAACAGAAACAAAGAACAAGAGACAUUCUUGUUUAUAGGAAUUAUUCGUUAUAAGAUGUGCAAGAUGUGAAAUCUAUAUAGGUAAGAGUGUUAACAUUGUCAAUUGUGCAAUUUUAAUGCCACGUUUAUGGAUGUCAGCCCGUCAGAGGAGUUUUCCAGUACGUGUUAACAU